AUGAACAACAGUGUUCUACUUCAAGAAGAGCUGAUCAAAAAGUCCCAGCAAAAGAGAAGGACCUCUCCCUCCAACUUUAAAGUUCGAUUCUUUGUUUUAACGAAAUCAAGGCUGGCAUAUUUUGAACAUCGCUCUGGGAAAAAAAGAAUUCUAAAGGGCUCUAUUGAAUUGUCCAAGAUCAAAUGCGUAGAAAUGGUGAAAAGUGACAUCACUAUUCCAUGUCACUAUAAAUAUCCUUUCCAGAUUUUUCAUGACAGCUAUGUGCUGUAUGUGUUUGCUCCCAGCCAAGCAAGCUGUCAGAAAUGGGUGUUGACUCUGAAAGAAGAAACUAGGAACAACAACAAUUUGGUGACAAAGUUUCACCCAAAUUUUUGGAUGGACGGACGAUGGAGAUGUUGCUCUCAAGCAGAAAAGCUGGCAACCGGCUGUGUGGAAUAUGUUCCAGCCAAGACUGUCUCCAAGAAACCUCUUCCUCCAACUCCAGGGAAUAACGGGAUUUCAGAAAUCUGGCACUCGUUUAUACAUCCAGAUGAAACUCCAGUAAUUGCCAUUUAUGACUACAGUGCCCAGAAUCCCCAAGAGCUGCCAUUACGGUGCAAUGAAGAAUAUUAUGUUAUUGACAGCUCUGAAGUCCACUGGUGGUUGGUUCAGGAUAAAAAUGGCCAUGAAGGAUAUGUGCCAAGCAGCUAUGUGGUAGAAAAAUCACCAGAAAAUCUGCAAAUAUAUGAAUGGUACAACAAGAGCAUCAGCAGAAACAAGGCAGAAGCACUGCUCAAAGAAGAGAGCAAGGAAGGGGCCUUCAUGGUGAGAGAUUCGAGGCAACCCGGCACAUAUACAGUCUCUGUCUUCACAAAAGCUUUAAGCAAUGACAAUAACCCAGUUAUAAAACAUUAUCACAUCAAGGAGACAAGCGACAGCCCCAAGAGGUAUUACCUGGCAGAGAAGCAUGUUUUUGACACUGUCCCAGAACUGAUCAAUUAUCACCAGCACAACGCAGGAGGUCUUGUUACACGUUUGCGGUAUGCUGUUUCCUCCUGGAGAGAAAAGUCCCCUAUAACUGCUGGGUUAAGCUAUGGAAAAUGGAUGAUAAAUCCUCAAGAGCUGACAUUUGAGCAGGAGAUUGGUAUUGGUCAGUUUGGGGUGGUGCAUCUUGGCUACUGGCUUGACAGGAUGAAAGUGGCCAUCAAGACCAUUCGCCCAGGAGAAAUGUCAGAAGAAGACUUUAUUGAGGAGGCCCAAGUCAUGAUGAAGCUGUCUCAUCCCAAAUUAGUCCAGCUGCAUGGGAUAUGCAUGCAACAAGCUCCCAUGUGUCUAGUGUUCGAGUUCAUGGAGUAUGGAUGUCUGUCUGAUUACCUAAAGGGCCAGCGGGGGAGCUUCUCAAAGGAAGACCUCCUGGGAAUGUGCCAAGACGUGUGUGAAGGAAUGGCUUAUCUGGAGCAGGCGUCUGUCAUCCACAGAGACCUGGCUGCUCGAAAUUGUUUGGUUGGAGAAUUCCAAGUUGUCAAAGUGUCUGAUUUUGGAAUGUCACGGUAUGUUCUUGACGAUCAAUAUACCAGCUCCAUGGGCACCAAAUUCCCCAUCAGGUGGUCAGCACCGGAGGUUUUCUCCUACAGCCGGUAUAGCACCAAAUCUGAUGUCUGGUCAUUUGGAGUAUUGAUGUGGGAGAUAUUCAGUGAAGGCAAGAUGCCCUAUGAGAGCAAGACCAAUGGAGAAGUUGUGGAAGAAAUCAGUGCUGGUGCCCGUCUGUAUAAACCCAGACUAGCCUCCAAUGCUCUUUACAAACUCAUGAGACAUUGCUGGAAUGAGAAGCAAGACGACAGACCACCCUUCUCUAUCCUGCUCUACCAGCUCAAUGAACUCUCUGAAACUGAUCUUUAA